AUGAACUAUAUGCCGCAAUCAUCCAAGGCGCAAAACACCGCAGAGCUGCCAUAUUACGCACAAGAUGUAGACUUCGACGAUCUUGCAAAACGAAACCCAGACUGGGCCGCCGUCUGCGAGACCGCCAGGAAGAGCAAAUGGAUCGACUUUCAAGACCCCAAAGUCGUGCUGCAGCUGACCAACAGCCUCCUGAAAUGCGACUUCAGCAUCGCCGCUCUUGAUCUGCCCGAUGACCGCCUCUGCCCACCUGUCCCGGUGCGCUGGAACUACGUCCGCUGGAUCCAGGAGCUGCUCGACACUACUUCUGACUCCUACAGCGACCGAUAUGAUCCCGAGAGACAAGCCAUCGGUCUCGAUGUCGGCGUAGGCGCAUCGGCUAUCUACCCUCUGCUCGCAGCAUCGACGAGGCCUGAGUGGCGAAUCGCUGGCACAGACAUCGACCAGCACUCGCUCGACUAUGCCAGACGCAACGUGGAUAACAAUGGCCUCAGUAAGCGCGUAAAGCUCGCGCUCACCACCUCAGAUGCUCCGAUCAUACCACUACAGGCUCUUGGAGUCGAGGAGCUGGACUUCGUCAUGACGAAUCCACCAUUCUACACCUCAGAAGCGGACAUGCAGGCUUCGUACGGUAGCAAACAACUCCCUCCUUCCGCGAUCUGCACCGGCUCUGAUAACGAGAUGAUCUGUUCUGGAGGGGAUGUUGGCUUCGUUCUGCGAAUCUUGGAGCAAAGCCUACAGCUACGGGAGAAAGUGCAAUGGUAUACAGCUAUGCUAGGCAAGCUCUCCUCACUACAGCAGAUCGUGGCGAAGCUCAAGGAACACGAUAUCACGAACUUCGCCGUGGCAUGCUUACAAGCUGGGCACAAGACGAAGCGAUGGGCGGUGGGAUGGAGUUUCCAGGACUUCAGGCCGAGAGUUGAUGUGGCGAGGCAUGGGGACCUGGUGCACGCGGUUCUGCCUUACCCAACUGCGCAAACGAUCGCUGUGCCUCUGAUGAGCACGGAGUGGGCGGGUAAAAAGGUGGAUGCGGCGAUGAAGGAGCUGGAUGUACGGUGGCAGUGGCGGGCGAGUAGUGCGGUGGGAGUCGUUGAAGCAAGGGAGAACGUAUGGUCGAGGGCUGCGAGGCGGAAGAAGAGGUUCGGCGGUAACGACUCGACGAUGAAGGAAGUCAAGAUGGGCGAUGCAGGCGAGGAGAGCAGUGAAGAGGAAGAGCAUGUAGCGCUGGCGGUCAAGAUCUCAGUAUCGAAUGAGAAGGUCGACGUCCGCUGGCUGAGAGGGACGGAUCAUGUUCUGUUCGAAAGCUUUUGCGGCAUGUUGAAGCGCUCGCUGACUGCGCGCGAUUAG